CCUAGAUUUCUAAAUUCUAAGCUAGUAGCAGAACAUUCUUGCUGUGAUCGCUCAGUUAAGGUUGAUCGAUCCCAUGGCGGUCAAGCCUUGUGCGGUGAUGCUGAUACCUUCGGCACUCUUGCUUCUUGCCCUCAGCUCGUCAGCGGUGGCUCAGCUGCAAGUCGGCUACUACAGCAAGACAUGCCCGAACGUCGAGGCGAUCGUCCGCGAGGAGAUGGAGAAGAUCAUCUCCGCGGCGCCCAGCCUCGCCGGCCCGCUGCUCAGGCUCCAUUUCCAUGACUGCUUCGUCAGGGGUUGUGACGCCUCUGUCCUGCUUAACUCCACCGAGGGCAACCUGGCAGAGAGGGAUGCCAAACCGAACAAGAGCCUCCGGGGGUUCGGUUCCGUGGACAGGGUGAAGGCCAAGCUCGAGGCCGCCUGCCCCAACACCGUCUCCUGCGCCGACGUCCUCACCCUCAUGGCCCGCGACGCCGUCAUGCUUGCCAAGGGACCCUCCUGGCCCGUCGCAUUGGGGAGGAGAGACGGCAGCGUGUCCAGCGCAACGGAGGCGGCCGACCAGCUGCCGCCAGCCAACGGAGACGUCCCGCUGCUCACCAUGAUUUUCGCCUCCAAGGGGCUCGACCUCAAGGACCUCGUCGUCCUCUCCGGCGCUCACACCCUCGGCACGGCGCACUGUCCGUCUUACGCCGGACGUCUCUACAACUUCAGCAGCGCCUACAGCGUGGACCCAACCCUCGACAGCGAGUAUGCCGACAGGCUGAGGACGCGCUGCAAGAGCGUCGACGACAAGGCCACGCUGUCCGAGAUGGACCCCGGCAGCUACAAGACCUUCGACACCAGCUACUAUCGCCAUGUCGCCAAGCGGCGGGGGCUCUUCCAGUCCGACGCCGCGCUCCUCUCCGACGCCACUACCAGGGAGUACGUCCAGCGCAUCGCCACCGGCAAGUUCGACGACGUGUUCUUCAAGGACUUCAGUGAAUCCAUGAUCAAGAUGGGCAAUGUCGGCGUGCUCACCGGUGCCCAGGGCGAGAUCAGGAAGAAGUGCUACAUCGUCAACUAGACUAACUUGAUUGUAAUUGGAGGUCUAUGUACAAUGCAUGUCUGGCUGUAUUAAUAACUGUUCUGUUUUAGUUUAAAUUGUCAUGGAGUAGUAAAUCAGUUCUUUAUGUUA